ACCAGAUAGCAUGGCUAGCUUUGUUGCUGUCUGCAAUCGACAUAAACGCAAAUUGCUUCUAUCUGGAGCGAUUUUUGUGGGAGGAUACGUUGCUUUCAAGCUUGUCAAAUGGCACUUGUCCUCUAGAGCCGCCGAGUGCGAAGCUUUCCUCAUAAACGAAGCUCGACUAGAACACCAUUUCGAGAGCAACCAGAGGACGUGUGACAUGACAGUACGUUCAUUACUACCAGCACUCAAACAGGCUCUAUACGAAAAUCUGGAUGUUGAACGGUUGAAAGUCCAGUUGAAAUCAACCAGUAGCGCCAAUGCUCUGCAACUAUGGGAGGACAUGAAGAUCACUACAGUCACUCAACUCAUCGUUUCUGUUUACACAUGCUGUUUUCUCGUCGUAUUCUUGCGUUUACAGUUAAAUAUACUCGGAGGAAAUAUGUACUUGGAUAGUUUAAACGAGGAAGGUGGAAAUGGUUUGGUCGAGGUUGAGGCGUUUAGUCAAAGCACAAGAGAUGCCGUGUGUGAUGUCUUUCGGUUAGUUAGUCUGAAGGAGCAACUCACGGUCGAGAGACUUUGGGAGCUAAUAAGUUGUGUGUGUCAAAACAUUGAGGGAACACAUGGUAGGAAGGAGGCAUCGCCAUCAAGGCUAGACAGUUUUGUUGCUUUCAUUUUGCCUGUGGACAGCAUGGAUGCAGCUUGUUCUAGUCUGUUGCAGAAUGAACAAGACGAAAUGAAGAAGCUCAAUGCAGCAACUAAAGACUUUCUGGAAAGCAACGACUUUCAUCAUGUUCUUGUACGGUGUAUUACACGUGGAUUGCAGUGUGUUGUAAAGACAUUAGAGCAACAAUUUGAUGCUAGAGAUGGUCACAAAGGUCACGUAGCCAAUGGAAGUCUUCCGUUGGCAAAAAUUCUUCCGAUAAUCACAAAUAUUGUACCGGAAUUGUUAGACGAUUCGGGACAACUUUUACAAACUGUGACUUCUCUUUCCGAGGUUCAGAAAUUUGCAGAGAAUGUUUAUGAUGCGUUUAGUAAAUAACGUGUUGACAGGCCAGCUUGCGUUCUCUUUGUAGGUAUUUUGCUGUAUUUUAAUUAAUUAAUUAGAGAAGCUUGUACACCAUA